UCUUGGCCAGUCGCAAUGCCGAGCGAGCCGAGUAAGGAAUUGGAAGAGGUGGAUCUGGAGGCGGACAACAAUUCGGCGGCCACCACGGCCACGCUGGAGGGAAGUACUGGCAAGCCGCAGGUGCGGUUCUUCAGCAUCGGCCCCAGCAGCUAUCAGGUGCGCUGUCCGCUCUGCCAGCAGGAUUCCAAGACGGAGACGGUGGAGAUGACUGGCGCACUGGGUCAGCUCAGCUGCCUGCUCUCCGCCCUGUCUUGCUGCUUCCCGAUCUUCGCCCUGACCUUUGUGUACUCGUGCCUGCAGAGUCGCCUCAAGACCAAACGGGUCUUCUGCAGCAGAUGCGGCGGACACUUGGGCUUCCACUGGCGUCCCACUUAACCGAUCAACGUUCCUCUAGAGUCUAGAAUUAU